UUCCUGUUCUUUCCUUUUGGCUGGGUAACCAGUGUGAGCAGAGAGCGUUCCCUGAAUGAGUCCCGGCAGCCCCAUGGAAGCCUUCUGACAUGAGCAGCAGACAAGCAUCCUUUCGGAGGUUGCUCAGGGUUUAAACCCUGCUUCUAAAGUGCCAUGUCCUGCGGAGGAAGUCCUCAUGUGGGUGUUUCCACCACCACUGUCAGCUCUGUAGCCGUGCAAGCUGGGGACUCCAAGAUUGUCAUAGCAGUUGUCAAGUGUGGCGAGUGGGUACAACUCCAACUGGCUGAAUCACAGCCCAAUCUCCUGGAAAUUGGGAGCAGUCAAGACGAAACAAAAAAACUGCUUCAUGACCAUGAGCUGCUCCUGGCCAAGCUUAAGGCCUUGGAAGAUCGUGUAUGGGAACUCUUACAAGAAGCAGACAGGACAGCUGAAGCAAACAAGGCUCAAAGUCAGGUGUACGAUGCCAUGGCCCAGACUCUGGGGGAAGCGUGGGCAACCCUGGUCUCCAUGCUUGAAAAGAGAAGAGAGCUCCUUGGGCUGACUUCUGAGUUUUUUGAAAGUGCUUUGCAGUUUGCCAUUAAAAUAGACCAAGCUGAAGAUUUUCUGCAGAAUCCUCAUGAGUUCGAGAGUGCUGAUGCCUUGCAGUCACUUCUUCUGCUUCAUGACCAACAUGUGAAAGAACUCUUGGAAAGAUCUCUAGGCCUUCUAAACAAGAGUCAAAAACUCACUGACUUCAUAGAAAAAUUCAAGUGUGAUGGAUCUAGUGUGAAUUCUGAGCUGAUUCAGGGAGCUCACAGCAGCUGUCUGAAGAUUGACAGCCUCCUUGAACUUCUACAAGACCGGAGACGGCAGCUGGACAAGUACUUGCAGCAACAGCGGCAGGAGUUGGCUCAGGUUCUACAGUUGUGUCUGUGGGAGCAACAAGAAAACCAGGUUUCUUGUUGGUUUCAGAAAACAACACGAGAUCUGCAGGGACAGAGUCUGGGCUCAUCGCUUUCAGACAACCAGGAGCUGAUCCGUAAGCAUGAGGACCUGAUAGUCAAAGCAAAGGAAUGGAAUUCAGCCCUGGAGACGCUGAAGAGCCAGGCUCUGGAGAUCCUACGGUCAAAGGACUUGGCAGAAAAGGAACAUCUGCAGCUCUCUAACCAGAAAUUGAAUCAGCUUCAAGAAGAGUUUGGACUACACAUGGCAGAAAGGAAAACCUCAUUAACAAUGGCAAAUGACUUUUUUAACAGUGCCAACAAGGCAUUUGAUGUACUUGGAAAAGUUGAAGCUUACCUUAAGCUCCUUAAAUCAGAGGGUUUAAGCCUGCCUGCCUUGGCAGCAAGGCAUGAGGAAUUACACAGAGAAAUUAAAGACUCCACAGCCGACGCUCUGCAAAAGGGACGAACCUUAAUCAGCCAAGUAGAUUCCUGCCACUCUCAGGUGACGGGUAUCCAUGAGAUGAUGGGAUGCAUUCAGAGACGAGUGGAUCACCUCAGCGAACAGUGUACAGCGCACAAGGAAUUUGCCCUUAAGAAACAGCAAUUAGCAGCAUCAGUGGAAGGCUACCUGAGGAAGGUGGAAAUAUCAAUUCGGGAAAUCACGUCAGUUCUUGCCAAUGCAUUGGAUGUCGGUUCGAGCCCAUCUGAAUCAGAGAAGAUUUUGAACAAAUAUCUGGAAUUAGAUAUCCGAGCCAAGGAGACAUCACAUGCAUUAGAAGCAGCUGCAAAAAUUGUGACAGAGAAAAAUGAACUUGAACUCAAUGAGGUGGCGUUGCUUUCUCUUAAAGUGAAAUGGCUAGAAGAAGAAUUAAACACGCUUGAUCGAAGCAUCAGCUACAGGUCACAAGUCCUGCAAGCUUACGUGGCAUUUCGAAAGUCAUCCGAGGAGGUAGAAGAGCAGCUUCAGAGCCUAAGGAAGUUUUAUCUGACCGAAAUCCCCCAGAAGGAUGAAGAGGAGGCCGCAGCCAAGUGCCGUUCUAACUCCACUGAGAGGAGGUGGCAGCUGUUUUUAAAGAAGAGUUUUUUGACCCAAGACUUAGGGCUUGAGUUCCUUAACUUAAUAAACAUGGCAAAAGAGGAUGAGAUAUUAAAUGUUCAAAAUGAAAUGCACAUUACGGAGAACAUUAUGGAACAGCAAGCAUCUGGAAGGGAAGAACUCAGCCAUCUCCGAAUGUCAUGGUACCUCAAAGCCAGCGAAGGCAAGCCUGUGACACAGCGGUGGGAAACCUUCAAAGAGAAACUUAAGAAGACACACAUUCGUAACUGCCAACAUCUGUCCCAGACCACUCACGGCGUCAAACUUGUCCACGAGGUUCUUACGCCCGUCUCUGCGCUUGACCUGGGCGGCAGCCUCCAGAGCAUGUCAGAUCUGCGGAGAAGGUGGGAUGCGAUGAAGCCUCAGCUCCAGCAACUGCAUGAGGAGGUUCAGCAUAUCAUGAAAGAAUGGGAAGUGUUGAGUGCUCAGGGAGCUCCUCUGAAGGAGAAGUCUGAACAAUUGAAGGAUCUUAUCCAUCUCCAUCAGAGGCAGAGAGAGCGAAUCCAGGAUUAUGAGGAAGUCCUAAUCAAGACAGUCCGUUUCCACCAGGUCAAGGAAGAACUGAUGCGUUUCAUCAACUCGAGAGAACUGGAGCUUCCAGCACAGCCCAUGGAGCUGGGAGGUACUCAGGAGGUCCAGAUGCGACUGGGCCGUUCUCGAGAAAGACGGGCGCACGUGGACCAUCUCCACCAGCUGGCCCUUUCCCUGGGCGUGGACGUCAUCUCGUCAGUGCAGCAGCCUAAUUGCUCCAGUAUUUCCGCAAAGAACCUGCAGCAGCAGCUGGAGGCCCUCGAAGUGGGUAGCAGAAGCUGGAGUGCCAAGGCCAAAGAAUGUGAACAGGUCCUGUCCUCCCGCCUGGAGUAUUGUACCACUCAGGAUGAGAUCAAUGAGCUCAAAGAGUCAUUCAAAGAUAUAAAAAAGAAAUUCAACAAUUUGAAGUUUAAUUACUUCAAGAAAAAUGAAAAAUCUCGAAACCUAAAGACUCUUCAGUAUCAAAUCCAACAAGUUGAUACAUAUGCUGAAAAAAUUCAGGCUUUAAGGAAGAAAAUGGAAAAGGUUAAUAAUAAAACAUCUGAUUCAUUCUUACGCUAUUCAAGUGAUAGAACUAGCAUCCUUUCAGAAGCCAUGAAGGAUCUGAAAAAGCAGGUGGAUGACUUUGACAAAGUUGUGACAGAUUACAAGAUGAAUUUGGACCUUACUGAACAUCUCCAGGAAGUAGUAGAAGAGUGUAACUUUUGGCAUGGCGAUGCAAGCGCCACAGUUGUAAGAGUUGGAAGGUAUUCCAUGGAGUGCCAAACAAGGGAGGCUGUGGAGACCCUCCACAGGCAGUUCAGGAAGUUCAUCACUCCCUCGGUGCCCCAGCAAGACGGGAGGAUUCAGGAGGUCAUCAGCAUCGCUCGGCGCUUAUAUGGUUUGGACGAAGGGCAAAAAUAUGCUGAGAAGAUUGUCACAAGACACAAGGAGAUUCUUGAAUCUAUUACUGAAUUAUGUGGUUCUCUCAUGGAGCUUAAGGAAAAACUGACGCAGGGAGAUGCUCCAAUGAUGAAUCCAAAUUUGGAAGAUUUCCAUGACAAUUGCAUUGACCUACUAAAGGAGCCAGUGAGAAAAGUGCAGGCAACAUUAAAUGAAGAAAGGAAUGAGGGGCAGGUGCCAGGAGCGGAUGUCUUGACCAUCAGUGGAACAAGGGAAGACAGGCUUCCCGUGGACUUGAGGCAGUCCUCAUCUGACAGAGGUGCCAGUGCCCAGGGUCUGAUCCUGGUGGAAGACAUGUUGUCUGGAGAAGAAUCUGAGUGUGCGUCAUCUGAUGACAUCUCCUUGCCUCCACUCCCAACGAGCCCCGAGUCCCCUCUGGCACCAUCAGACGUGGAGAUGGAAGAACUUGCCAGCUCUUCAGCUGUCGCCCUCCACAUCAGCGAUUACAGGACUCACACAGGCACUGGUGAUGUCGGGGAGGCCCAGGCUUCUGUUCUUUCCCCACCCAUGGCUUUUGCUCAUGGGUGCCAUAAUAAGAAAGACACGUUCACAAGUCACUUUGAGAGGCCCUACCCACAAUUCCAAGCUGAAUCCUCAUUAGCCUCCAGGGGAUCAGGAGAGAUGAGUACUGACUUACACAUCAGUGUGAAAUGUCCAGCAAGUGUGCCCCAAGAGGUGCAUGACACAGCUCUGCAGCAAGGCGCCCGGGCUCAGGAGAGCUCACUAGAAACCCAGGAGAAGGUGCAUGCAGAUUCUAAUGCCACUAAAACCCAAGACAGGCUGCAUGUGGUCCCUGACCUCACCCCUCAAUCUGACACGAGCAGCAGCCAUCAGAGGCAAGUGGGUCCCCAAGGAGACAGGAAAGAUGCAUCUGCAGAAAACAGCACGGUCAGCGUAGCUGGCCGGGCGCCUCAUUUCUCCAGGCUGCUGUCCAAUGUAACUGUUGUGGAAGGUUCCCCGGUGACUCUGGAGGUGGAAGUUACAGGAUCCCCGGAGCCUACACUGACAUGGUUCAAGAAGGGCCAGAAAUUGUGUGCUGAUGGACACUUACAGGUUUUGCACAAGGACACAAAGCAUUCAGUGUUCAUCCCGAAGGUAUGUGAGGCGGACGCUGGCCUCUAUGUGGCCCAAGCCCAAAACUCUAGUGGCACCCUGUCUUCCAAAGCCAUCCUCCAUGUGACAGGUAACCAUGGGCCUCCAAUCGCGAGAAUAAACUGGAUUCUGCUGUGUAUCGUCUAUGUCAGUGUGUCACUGAUAUACUGGCUGCUUGCAUAGCAAUGAGGCACUGGCUUCCCUGGACAUUGUUAUGAGCCUAAAGGACAAUAUGGUUGGUUUUUUUCUCACGCAUCAUACAAAGCACACCCUACCAACUUAUCUCCACUUUGAUGAAUACCACUGCUAGGUGAAAUAAUUACAUUUUCUCUACUGUUUAACAUACUUGGGAAACAUGGAAAAUUAUAUACAGUGGAUAAUUAUAUACUUUGUACUUUAGGAAAAGAAAUAUUCUAUAUAAUAUGCUGAUUUCUUGUUUAAAGGCAUGUGAAUGCUCACAGAAAACACAAGGAUCCUAGAGAUGUGACUAAGUUUCAAAUACAAAUAUUUGGUAAUUUCCUUUCAACUAUGCUCAGAACCAUCUCUUGGUAGUGCAUUACAUCAACCCGAAUUUAUGAUUUUCAGUAUUGUAUUAGCUCUCCUUCAAUCUUGCUUUUCAUGUCUUGAUCUUGUUUACUGAAACAUGUUCUAUGUUGUGUCAGCAUGGUCUACAUUCCCAGCACUGAGGCUGUGACUAUCAGUAACUGUUUCUCAUGGUGAUCUUUUGGGGGUUGAUGCUGGAGAACAGACAUGCUAUCAACUUUACAGUGGGUCAACCUUUCUAUUAGCUCUGUAUGUCAUAUGUCGAGAUGGAACACGGGCUGCAAGAGGGGAUCAGUUUUUUCUUUGUCCUUCCACUGCUGUGCGUUGGCCAUCCUGUGCAUAACUGUAAAAGGUCCUACUGUACCUGACUCUGAUGCUGCUGCUAAACACUCGUGUUAUAAACAAUUGCAAGACAUCUCAGUGCCUCACUUUCCCAUCUGGAAAAGGGGCUCAUCUACCUCUUGACUAUUGAAUUUUACUUCAUUUUCUAUGGGGAUCAGGCCAAUGAAACGUGCUUGGUGAAGACUCAUCAUAAUGCUUGGCAUGAUUUGCUAUCUUGCUGCUCAUUGCCCAUGAAUUCCCUUUCAGAUGCUGGUCUUUUAGAAUACGAAAUGAAAAGAACGCUGCUAAUAUGUAAUCCCCAACUACUUACUCCCCUAAGGGAGGAUGAGACUGAUGUUCUAUGAAUUGGAGUUUAAAAUUCUUUUCAAACUUCUUAAAACUACAUCCUUUUCAAAGACCUGACAAUAACCUCCAGAGGAUAUAGUUAUGAUGCAUUAGGGGGAGCCUGGGUAAGACAGAAGACAAAUCUAGCCUUCUUGUUGUACAAUUAUCACUUUAAUAUUGAAGAAUGUUAUGUGGCUUUCUAAAAUGCAUUAUUCAGAAAAAUAAGAGAGGUAUUUGUUUUCAUAUUUUAAACUCCAUCUGUCAUGCUAAAAUAAAAUCUUGGGUCGAAACAGUAAUAUAUUACAGAUUUUUGAUGAAGGAAAGAAAUUAAUUACGUUGCUAGAAGUCUGUCUACAAAUAAUCAAAAUAUUUAAGUAGAAUAUAUUUGACAUGGUAUUAAAAAUCUACUGAAUGUUGUGGAAGAUAAGAAAUGUCCAGUCAAGUAAAAACUUGGCUGAUUUUUUUUUCUUGUUUUUGCAUAUUCAAUUUAAUUAAAAAGAUGAAACUGUUUUUUUUUUCCAAUUUUGACAGAAAGCUGUUAAAAUCUUAUAUACACGUAAUCCUGGGGACUUCAAUCUUUUCAGUCUUAUCAUUUUGUCCAAUUUUAAGAUUUUCCAUAUCUUACCUAGCUACUAAGGCCUAUGUGGAAGCUAAACCAUAAAAUCUAUUCAUGUCUAAAAGAGGCCAGCAGGUAACAAAUUCUGCCCUGUCACACACUUUAUAGUGCUUAUUAAUUUCACUAGGUCUCUGUUCCGGUGUCAUCACCCUGGUCGUAUUUACGUUUGAAGAUUGCUAGAGCAUGUGAGGUACAAGCUCACUUUACCCAUUUCACUUUAGUUAAUAUUCUUCCUUCAGGGAGCCAAGGGAUAUAAACAUUCAUCAUGAUGAAUGACCCACUAAGAUAUAUAAAAUCCCCCAAGAUGCACAUUUGUAUGUAUGUAUAAAUUGGGCCUAUAUAUUGGAGAAAAAUAUUAUGGGGAUAUUCAAGGUGUGGUUCAAAUAGAGUUGUGUAUCUCAUCCAUCUAUGGUCUGAGUGAACGAUCCACACAGCAGCGACAAAUUACAAGCUAGCCAUAGGAAUAUUCUAUUAAUUAAAAAAAAAAAAAACUUAAGUUUGAAUUGCCUUUCUGAUGGAGUUUCUAUCUUUCCUGAAGAGUUAUCCUUGCAAAGGUGUGUAUUGAAAUGUCAGGCUUAAAUUUAGCCACGGAUAAAUUGUCCAUGUUCCAGUAAAUAGCCUCUUCCCCAUACCUAGGCAAGCACCCUGGUAAACACUAUGGGACACACACACACAUACACACACACACACACACACACACACACACACACACACAUACACACACCAUAAAAAUAACAAAGGGGUUUGUUUGAAAGAAGGAUUUCAGCAGAAGAGGAAGAGGGUAACAGAGGGGACAUGAAAACAACUAAAAUUCAUUAUACACGUGUGAAACUGUCAAAGAACUAAGAUGAAAAAAAAGUGAGAAAAGUCAAGUGAGGCUCGAAAUACUUUAAAGGUAAAUAAAUAAUUUAUAUCUAUCUACUUCUAGAAAAUAUUCUGGGCAGUUAGUAAUAUAAAAAUAUUUUCAAAAAGAAGAUCAAAAUGUAAAGAAAGUGAAAAUUGUAUCUAUGCUUACUUAACACUUCAAAGGAAGGCAGAGGCAUGUGAUUUGAGUUGCUGAUAAGGAGAAAAUCACUGUUUGCAGUUCUCCUAUUCCAAUAAAAACAUGUUUCCACAUCAGGUGAUACAUAUUUUAUUGGAAUAAAAAUAACUAAGUGAUUCACACUUAGUUCCAAGAUGAACUGACUAUAGGAAUUCUGAGUUUGAGUUGUUGGAUGCUUUGUUACAUGUGAAGUAUGUGACGAUCGUGACUUCGGGCAUCUUGCUGUCUGGCUUCCCUCCUGCAGGGCCCAGGUCUCCAUUCUAACCACUGUCCCCUCUUCUCCUCCGAGUGACCUUUCCCACCAGCUUGACCCUCGGUUGCACUCCUCUUUCCUAGACCCCUCCUUACUGGACUUCCUUUAUUAUAUUCUUCCUCCCAUCUUUCUGUGUCUUCAUUACUGCUUAUCCCUUAUCCAUGAAAAACCAGGAAGCCUUCUGACCUACCCAGUCCAGGGUAGACAUUCCGGCCAGUUUCAUGGCCAGCACCUGGCUUGUGCACCUUGAUAUGCGCACCUUGAUAUGUGUACCGCCCAUCUGAGCCUCUCAGGGCACUGAGAACCUCAUCAGCAAGAUCCAUGACAUGCCUGUUCAUUAUAUCCUCAGUACCUAUGGCACACUUAUGCCUAAUAAGGUUAAAACGUUGUCAGAAGUAAAAGAAAUGAAUCCAGCUGAUUUUUCAUAAAUCUCUUUGGAGGUGUUGUGGGGGGUGUAAAGAUAGAAUGACUAUUCUUCUCUUGUUUGGACAGACCCAGCAAGAAUCAGGCUGUAGCUAUGAAUCUUCCAGAAACAAUCCUCCUUAACCUAUUUAUCCACCAAGCUGCACUCCCUACCCUUCAACCUUUUAAAGCAGAGAAGGGAGUCCUCAGCAUCAAAUGGAUGUGGGAAAAUGGGUGCCUCUCUCUCAGUGACUGAAUCCAGCCCAAACGAGGAUGCUAGUUUUUCCUUUUGAAUACUACACAAAUGGCCAAUGUGGUAAAUGCGCUAGGGGCUCCAUCUCGCCAUGAACAGGUCUUAUUUGAAAUGAGUAAUUCAUGCAUACUCAUGAAUAUAAAAGCAACAAAAAGUAAAAAC